AUGAUUAUCGGACCAGAAAAUGUAGGUAAAGCAACUUUACUCAAAGUGCUAAUUAAGCAGUCACUAUUGGCUAAUGAAGCACCAACACAAGUAGCUAGUGGUAAUCAUCCGCUAAUAGAAUUGAUUACAUUCGAUACUGGUGAUAUGGUGAAGACUGGAUUGGGCACUCUCGCUGAUAGUAAAGUUGGGUUAGCAGUUCUUCAAUCACCAUCUUUACAAGUUACAAGACAGACCUUAUCCGAUAUGAAAGCGCAAAGAACGAAUGUAUUCGAUAAAUCACUUCGCAGCAAGUAUAGCAAACUUAGACCGAAACUUUCUAAGAUACAAGAGGCAAAUACAGAUAGUAAUGAAAGUAAGAAAUCACAGCAGUCAAAAAUAGACAAUCUACAUACUGUAUUGUGCGACUUCGGAGAUCAGGCAGAAUAUCACGUUACACAUCAACCAUUUAUGUCGUGUGAUAGUAUUUAUGUUCUUGUAUUUAAUAUCGCUGAAGAGAUUAAUGACGCUAUACAACAAAGGAACAGCUUAAAAUCAGAUAUGACCUACUUUGCAAGAAUGCAUGAAUGGUUAUCAUCUGUACGUGGAUGCAAGGGGUUACGCGAUGGUUUAGGGAGUAAUGCUAGAAAUGAGAUUACGAUCGAUGGUAAAUAUUUUGAAUUGCCUAUUGUCAUUGUCAUCGGUAGUCAUGCAGAUAAGAUUGUAGCUAAUAAUGAAGAAGAAAAAAAUAGAAAAAUACAAGCAGCUUAUAACAAGAUAUCACGUGAAUUUGGCAGUAAGGCCUUUUCCAAACAUCUAUACUUAUCACACUUAGCUAUGAAUGGUGAUGGCAACGAUAAAAGCGAAGCAACUCAACAUCUAAGAGACGAGACACGUAAACAGUUAUGUCAAAUCUUUACUAAAAUUGCAGAAAAAUUACCAUUUAUAACGGAUCCUAUUCCAGUCCGAUGGUAUGAAAUCAUUCAAAUACUUCGUGGAGAAAGAGAAGAUAAAAUAAUAAAGAAGUUACUUACUAAAACACAAGUUAAAGACUUGAUAGACAAACAUCAUCUAUCUAAGCAAGGCGAGAAGUUAGAUAGUUUAUUAUCUUACUUGCAUAAUAUCGGACAAAUUGUUUAUUGCGAUAAAGACGAAAUUCUGAGUAAUUGGGUCGUAUCGGAUAUUGAUUGGCUAAUUGAGGUGUUUUGUUCAUUAAUUCGAAUUUCAUUUUUCAAGUCUUCUCAUGCUGAUGACUGGAGUGAAUACGAGAAGAUUCAGAAUACAGGUAAAAUAAGCGAAGAAUACAUUCGACAGGUUUGGAGCAAAUUUAAUUUAGAUGAUGAAGAAAGAAAAUACGUAUUGUCUCUUAUGACUCACUACGAUAUUCUUUAUGAAGCAAGUGAAUUACAAGGAAAAGAUCGUAUCUAUCUUAUUCCUUGUCUUCUAAAGACACAACCUAAGAGUGAUGCAUUAUAUCCAUCGAAUAGCACCACAUCGAAAUACAUCUAUUUAGGGUUUGAUGAGAAGGAGUUACCUUAUAUUUCUUAUAAUAUCUUUUACUGCUUGAUUUCUCAAUGUUUGCAAAAGCGUGGAUGGAAUAAUGGCAGAGUUAAACUAUAUCAAAACUGCGCUUCAUUUCGAAUUAGUCCUGGUAUUAAUUUGAUUAUCGAUAAGUUGUCAACGGUCAUCGGCUUACAAUUAGUUUUUCGACACCCAAAUUUACAAUCUAAAGAAGUAAGAAGAAGGCUAACUAAAACAGCCGUUGAGCUCCAUGUUAAGGAUGCAAUUGAAUCAGCUUUAAGAAUCGUUCUUACUAAAUGGAUGCCAAAUAUGAGUCAUAUACGAAUAAAAGUGAGUGUUAAGUGUCCGCGCUGUGGAGAGUUAGUAAAUAUCGAAGAUGGAUUAAGUGAUGAUAAAUCAUUUCUGGAUUGCCUUAAUUGUGAACGUACCUGGAAUUUCUCAUACUACUUAAAGCCUUGGUUAGAUAAUAUUCCAGCAGUCGAUGCUUCUAGCGAUAACGGAGAGGACAUUCCUAUGUCGUUAACUGAGGAAGAGGGUGCAUCAACAAUACCAAAAUUUAAGACCAGCGCAGUUGGAAUGUUGGAAAUACAUAAACAAAUCUUACGCAGCCACUACGUCAGAAUUAUUGAAGAAUGUCAAUCAAGCAUCAAGCCUAUUUGUAAUCACUUAUACAGUCGAGAAAUUCUAACACCUUAUCUAAAGGAAAUCAUUCUAUGCCAGCCAAACGAUUAUGAAAAAAUGGGAAAAUUGUUGGAUAUUUUACCGGAAUGUGGUAAUCGAGCAUUUGGUGCAUUUUGUGAGGUUCUAUCUACCAUUAAUUCGCAAGUGAUAGAAAUCUUAGAAAAUGCGGAAAGGGAAAAUGAAAAGGAACUAAAAGGAACCAAAAGGAAACUAAGUAACACACGUAAGGCUAGGAGCGAAUAUCAGACGAUUACAUGCAUGCAACCAGAUAAUGAAAAUCCAAUCCCAAGUGGAAGCAAAGCUUUGAAAGAACAAUUCGUGGGUGAUGCUAUUUACAUCGACUACAUCAACAACAUUGAAGAUGGCGAUCAAUACGAUUGCAGCUUUAUAACUAGAAGCGGCUAUAUUGACCUCAACGAAGUUGAGUUAAUGACUGUGAACAUCAUUAUCUACCAAUGA